AUGUCGGGUCGCAGUGCGCAUGUACGCAAGGAGAAGACGAAGGUUAAACACACGGAGGUCAGUCGCAUUAUCGGCAGCGAUGGAGGAUCGGUAAAAGGCGACUCACUCGCAUCGCCAACCUCUAUCAGCGACUUUCCUCUCCCAGUUGGCAGUGAUCACCAUAACUUUCAACAAGAACUGAGCUACAGGACGGCAAAUGAUUAUAACACCAUCAAGACCGUCGCGUCUGGCGGCUCAGGCGGGACGGAUGACUUGGCCUAUGCGCGAGUCCGCAAGCCUCAAGUUCCCAUCAUUGAUGUAUCAGGUAUUGAAAAAUCCUCCUUCAGAUCGAUGAUGGACAAGAGGAGCGAGGGCGUUCGCAAAGGUUUGGCGAAAACAUUUGGCAAGAAGAAGAAGAUUGAGGAGCCAAGACCGGCCACAGCGGCCACCGUGCGACCAGGUUCCCACGAAUUGGAUACGGGAGAGUAUAUUCCUCAACCUACAAUGGGAAGUCGAUCCACCACACGACAAAAUCAGUUUUCGGAGCCUCAAGAUUACAUGAGAGCUGCUCCAGCGGGUAAGCUCCCUGCCGUUCCACCACAGUUGAAGCGAUGGAUGGGAUCGGGUCGAGCUCCUCAACCGUGGAACAAACUUCGCAAAGACCCUGAGCUAUGGGAUCCUAAUGGAGAUACACUUGUAUUCUUCAGUCACGAAGGACAGCAAGCAUCAAGACCCCCUCCGUCGUUUCGACUGUCGUCGCACGUGCUCGAGGCGACGGACUCACGAUAUCUCAUCACGCUUCUCCGCGAAGGCUUUACGGAUGAAGAGAGCAGUUUUAGCAUGCCACCUUCGCCAGUCAACGCUCCUCCGAUCCGAAAUGGACAUUCCAUGAAUCGCUUUAAUCCAACGCCCCCAAUGUCGGACAACAGCCUUGGCACUUACGAUGGACAAAUCUCUUAUGAGAUAUAUUUUCCUCCACCCAACAACCAAUCCAAAAUCGACAUUCUAAGACACCAAGUAACCACCAGAAACGUGUUUGCGCUUCUUUAUCAAGCAUCGUUGGUUGGUUUGAAUCUGUUCCAGGCUUUAAAUGAUCUUCAUGAACGCCUCGAGGUCUAUAUGCCACCAGAUUCUGACGCAGCAGGCAUGAUUAUCGAUUAUUUGAUCAGCAAAGGUAUUGACGACGUACGAGAGAACCCAGCAGCUGCAAUGUCUCUACUUGCGUGGAGCGAAAGCCAAGGAGUUCGAUGGGAAGAAGGAUGGAGAGAGUCAUUCGUCCAUUGUUGUGGAAUGCAUAAAAUAAAAUAUACAGACAUCCCGGAUUACCGAUUUGUUACGACAAUCACGAAAGCUUUGCUAGAUCGAGCCAGUAUUCAGAUCCAAGAGCGAGUUCAUGAGUGCGAAGGUCGACUGUCUGAUUUUGAUUUUGGGGACAUGUGGCCGAUGAUGACUGCGCAACCACCUCCUGCUAGAACUGCGUUUGAGAGACUGCGGACAUUCUUCUUGCAACAUUACCAGUUGCAAUUUGAGUCAUGGCCUCCGCUUCCGCGUCCAGGAGACGAACAGUGGCUCGAUCGAAAUAUGACGGCCCGACUUCAAACGGAUUUUGGAGCAUUGUACGAUUAUCUUGUCAACCGAGAGGUUGCAUGGGAUUGUUCUGAAGAGCGAAGUGGUCGAAAGUGGAAUAUUGUCCACCCUAAUAACAGGGGGUUCGAUGCGGAUACUCCAGAUCUUCCUUUUACAGAUCUUCUAGUUGCUUUCGACAACAGGCUUCAAUAUCCACAUAUUCCGCACCCAUAUCCAUUGACUCCUGAAUCAUCUCCAGCAAAGAGCAACUCGACUAGGGGUAAACCAGCUCGACCAGGGGAUGAUAGAAUGGCUGAGCGAAGAGCUGCUUUGGCAUAUACCGAAUCAACCAACAUAUAUCUAUUUGGAUCUGAGUUUGUGAUCAACGAUCUGGUAGACGCCUUUAUGCGAUUCGAGAAAAGCGACAGACAAGGUGAUGUGGACCCGCAUGCAGCCCGAAGGGGACGCUGGAUCCUGAUUUACGGGAUCUUGCAGACUCUUGCAUCGAUUUCGGUAGAUACUCCGAACUUACGGUACAAGGAGGGUAUCUCGUAUCACCUGAAUCCCAAGCUGAACAAUACGCCACCAUGGAAGGGAGCGAAUCAAAAUGUGGCAGAAGCAAACCACAGCGAUAGCUACUGCUGGAUUGUUAGAGAAAGCUGGAAUGCAGAGCAAACACCUACCGCCCUUCCUCGAGUAAAACCAUUAUAUAUCAAGAAUUAUUCAGCACCAGCGUCGGUUGCCGACAGUGAUAAUUCUGGUUCUUCCUUUCGGUCUCCCACCAUGAGUUCGAUAUCUGUUCGUUCUCCUACCAUGAAUAGCACGAGUACGCGAUCCCGAACUGCCCGGAAUCGAAAGACACCAGACAGUGAUAACACGAGCUAUAGUGGAUAUGGACCCGGAAUUGAGAAGGUGGAUGAAUGGCCGAUGCGAGAGCAGAGCCGCGAAAAGAUUCGGGAGCAAAGCCGCAAUCGUGCCAUCCCACCACAGCCACAACACUAUACCAUUAAGGAUUUUGACGACUACCAUUUCUGA